UUAAUCUCUGUUUUUAUCUACCGUCGGUAAUAAAAAUUCAAAUUUUUUUGGUAGAUGGCAGCGAAUGUAUCUUUCAAGAUCGUCCAUGAUAAAACCCCUCCACUGGGUUUGUAUACAUUCUGAACGUUUACAAAGGCAUAUUUGAACCACAUGAAUUUUAUACUUGUUUGCAUAUAGAGAUUCUAUUUUUCAGACGGGAACCGGUGGCAAGGACAGUGAUGAAUAGUUCCAUAAAUACAGUGUAUCUCAUAAAUCGUUCCUAAUCAGAACGUUUCAUUAGAUCGAUGCAUACAUCAGUAUAUUACUCUUUGUAUCGUUCUUUCUCGAAAUUUUUUUCAUGUGUUCAGUUGACGAAACACAAACAGAGAUUGUACCUAAAAAAAAUCGAAAUUUCCUGAAAAAGUUUUUUAAUAAAAAAACCGUCAUCCAAUUAUCUCGUCAAUCGUACUGAGGGUACUGAGUGAAAAUUGUUGGUUGAACGUUUUGGCUACUUUUGGAAAAUAUCGCUCGAGUCAACACGAGCCAGUAGCGAUUUCGGUGUACUUUGUAUAUGCACAGGAGAAAAGUCGCCUGCAUUCAUUCAUAUUGGGUGAAAUGUGGAAGGUUUCCAUCAACACGACCCGCUUAUCGACGAAAAACUCUAAAAACAGCUGUGACUGUUUCGUAACGAGUGUUUGAAUCGGAGGUGAAUUGCGAUUUUCAUAAGGCGAGUAAACUCUCGAUCAUUUGUAACAAUAUUGAAAUAAUGACAAAUUAAAUAAUUCCAGAUGUUUAACGUUUCCACGAAACAAGAGGUUCUUAUAUAUAAGGAUUAGGGUCUUAUAAUUCUUUUCAUUAAGCAACCGCAGCCAAAGUAAUUCUCGUUCAAAUUUAUCCUCCACCAAAAUGUCAAUUUUGCUCUGCCUCACAGGACUGCUCAUUGCAGCGAUAAACGUCGAUGGAAAAGUCCCGAAGAAAAUAACCGGUGGAUCGGAAGCGGGUGAGGGCGAAUUCCCGUAUCAGGUUGGCCUGAAAGUCCGGAAAAAUGUUUUGUGCGGGGGCAGCAUCAUCGACUCGAGGCAUAUUUUGACUGCUGCUCACUGCGUCCACGAUUUGCCCGUCGAUCCAACCAAGGAGAUGAUCGUCGUCACCGGAACGAAUGACAUUCUCUCUGGGGAUGGGGUCGCUUAUAACAUUCAGAAAGUCUGGAAGCAUCCUUCCUAUGCCCCUUCGGCCUGGAGGAAUGACAUCGCGAUCCUGACCUUAACUGAGGACGUCGAGUUCAACGAGCGUACGAAGCCCGUCGAAUUGCCGACGAGCGCUGACCCCGGCGAUGUGGUGGCCGUCGCAAGUGGAUGGGGAGAUUCGAUUUAUCCGAACCCCAAAAAUGAAAUACCUGCAAAACUUCAGAAAAUUGAACUGCGCGUCGUUCCUAAAGGCUCUUGCACUUUGCCCAGAAAUCUGCAGGUCCACAGCGGUCAACUUUGCGCUGUUUUCAAACGGGGCUCCGGUCUUUGCACGGGCGACAGUGGCGGGCCGCUGGUUUACGAUGGAAAGGUCAUCGGCAUCGCUUCUUUCGUAUACAAAUGUGGCCUGGGCUACCCGGACGUGUUUACCAGGGUUUUCGAGUAUCUCGAUUGGAUUAAAAGCGUCACGAACAAAUUGUGAAAUGACUGAUGUACUAUGCCCAUGUAUUUAUCGUUUUAUCGACAAUAAACAAUUAUUU